AUGGGGACGGUUGCGUCACCCGCGCCGGCGGCGCAGGCGGGUCUGGCGGCGUCGCUGCACUACUCCGGUCAGGGGCGCAGCCCCGCGGGGCGCAUCGGACUGCGUGCCAUUGACCCGGAGCGCUACGUGAUAUUCGACGUGUCCACCAGCCGCGUCCUGGAGGAGGUGGAGGCCAACAAGGCAUUCUACGUGGUCUAUGAUGGCGCGGUCUACCUGCACCAACGCACCUCCUAUGUGUGUGAGCUGCUGGACCUGGGGGAGAGGGUGGCCUACGUGAGGCCCACACGCGCCAAAUACUACACCUCGGUGUCUGACGUCACCGACGUGCACGUGACCGGCUCCAAGGUGGCCUACCCGACGCCAAGGGAGGCCCUCGCCGCCAUACAGGCACGGCGGGGGGGCAUGGGCGGCGGCGGCGGGCCUGGAGGCGUUAAGACGGAAGCAGGGAUGGGGGUGAAGAGUGAGGCGGGGGGAGAGGGUUUGGGGGUGAAAGUUGAGGUGAAGGAUGAGGAGCAGCACGAGGGGCAGCAGGCAGCAGUGGUGCCAGGGUGGGCCGCCCAGCACCCCGCCAGCGGGGACGGCAGGGGCCUCACGGCGCCCUCCGAUGGCGACGGCGGGAGCAGCAGCGGCGGCGACGGCGACGGCGACGGCGACGGCGACGGCGACGGCGGCGGUGACAGCAGCAGCAGCGGCGGCAGCGGUGGUGGUGGUGGUGGCAGCAGUGCGUGCUGUGAGUCGUGCUACGUGACAGUGAGGUUCCUGGGGUACCACACCGUGGCUCACGGCACCGGGGAGAUCCUGGACAGCGUGCAGCUCUUCCUGCCGGACAGCCAGUGGGAGACGCAGGCCUCCUACGUGCGGCUGCCCCCCACCGCCCGGCGGCGCUGCCGUGACGCGGCCCUGGACUUCAGGGAGGGGGUGCACGCGGCGGCCCACGCGGUGCUCAACGCGCUGCCGCUCUACAUGGUGUGCAACCCCUCGGACGUGGCCACAGAGUGCGACAACCCCUACGACACGCGCUACCGCCCCGAGCGCCUGCUGCUGUACGACAAGCACCCGGGAGGGAUAGGGCUCGCGGCACAGGCGACCCCCCUGUUCCCCGAGCUGCUGAGGAGGGCCCUGGCGCUGGUGACGGAGUGCCCCUGCCCCUACCACCGCGGCUGCCCCGCCUGCGUGCAGCACCUGGACUGCAAGAACUACAAUGCGGUGCUGAGUAAGGCGGGGGCUGCGGUGGUGCUGAGGGCCGCGAUAGAGCAGGAGGAGCGCCAUGCCGCCGGCCACGGGCCACGAGAGGGCGGUGCCUGA